AUGGAGCUUCUUGAGCGUCUUUUGCGAAACAUGGACAGUCUAGCAGUGGAUGGCCUAGAUCGCGAUCAUCGGAUGAUGAGAGAUGGUAUGGAGGGAAUGCAAGGAACAGUUGACUUUAUGAUGAAGGGCAAAGGCGGAUGGACACCACUUUGUUCGGCGGCAGAAGCUGGAUGCGAGCUGGUCGCCAAGCUACUGCUUGAUACCGGCAAAGUUGACCCGAAUGCGCAAGACGAUUUGAACGAAACGCCAUUAUCGAAAGCGGCGAGGAGGGGAAAUGAGGGGAUCGUCAAGCUGCUGCUUAACACCGAUCAAAUUGAUCCUGAUGCCAGAGGUGGUGAUUUUAAACCAACGCCAUUAAUGGAAGCGGCUAAAAAAGGACACGAGACGAUAGUCACGCUAUUAGUCAAUACUGGGAAGGUUGACGUGGAUGCUAUGGUCAAAGUAAGAUAUGGGCAUGAGGCAAUUGUUGAAUUCCUGGUCGGCGUUAGUCAUGUCCAUUUGGAUUUCAAGUAUGGAUCUUAUAGGUCCAAACUGUGCGCCGAAGCCGAGCAAGAUCCUUUCCUGAGUGUUCUUCCCCCCUUCCUCCUUAGCGCUGAGUCUUCCCGUCUGAGAAUGGAUCGCAGGCUGUGUGGGUUGAGGAGAACCGCUGCGAGCCUUGGUGCUCCAGGUUUCGGCCUCGACACUGCCACCUGA